AUGUUUAAUAUUUUGAAGCAGACAACAGCACAGCGGCAUGAAUGCAUCACUCAAAAAGUCAAAAGCAAAGACUUUUCUGCACGACAACAGUACAGCGAAGAACCAUUUGCUGGUUUAGCGCAGACGAAAUUAUUGAUACGCGAACACCAGUUUGUAAAACGGGAAACGGCAAAAACUGCAACCCGGCUCGGUUCGGCUCGGCUGGUGAUCGUUAGUGCUUGGGAAGCCCUCUGUGAUCUCUAG